AUGUCGUCAACUGCCGAACAUGCGGAGCACUCUGAUGAUGGACAUGGUCCUCCAACAAAAGAGGAGCAUCAAAAAUGGAAUGCCGAGUACAAACAGAAUUUUUUGGAUCAAUACCGUAAACAGCAUAACGAUGCACAAGUUUCAGCUGAAGAUGCGUGGCAGGUGUAUCUGACAGCAGAACAACAGUGGCAUGCCAAGUUGAAGGAACUUCGUCACGAACAUCGUCAGAAACAUCAUCAGGAGCAUCAACAGGAACAUCAACAAGGCCAUCAUCAAGGACAUCCUCAACAUCAGCCACAGCACGGUGCUCCUUCGGGCUACUUCGAUGAGACACACACACGUAUUAAUAAUGAACUGCACCAAGAAUUCCUCAAUGAUUUCAAGGCCACUCAUGCUGCCGCGGACACUAUCAAUGCUGAGCAGGCCUGGCCACUCGUUGACAAGGUGCAGCACAGCAGACAUGCCAAGUGGGAGGCUGAACAAGCCAAACAUCGUCAUAAGCAUCAAUAA